ACGUUUAAAAAAAUGUAGUUUAUCUUCAUUAAGUGCGAAGCUCGGUCAUAUGGUAUGCAGACAAAGAUUUGAUAUCGAACAAGACAGUCGCCAUUUGGUGGUGAUGUGAUUCAAAUAAUAAUCAGUGCGACAAGUGUCCGUGAUUUAAAUUCUCAGAGUUAAAAUUGAAAUUAAAUUUUCCAUAAUUUGUUUAAAAUGUUUUAAUAAGUUCGGUGACAUUAUCUGCUAGAACUAUUGAAUUAUCGACCUUGGAUUGGACUUAGUUUGGAUUGGACCUUGUUUUUACCAAAGGACAUCACCGACGACAUUCAAUACACGCAUGGUAAAGUAGAGGCCCAUUGGUGGCUUUAUUAUUAAGUGAACCAAUAAGUUUAUUUAUAUUGAAAAUGGCUCUUACACUUCUUGGUUUAAUAUUGCUAGUGAUUGGUUUCUGCGAACCUUACAAGAUACUGGUUAUAAGUCCCAUGCCCGGCAAGAGCCAUGCUAUAUUGGGGGAUGGUGUCAUCAAGCACCUUUUGAAGGCCGGACACCAGGUCUCUUACGUAACAGCGUUUCCUGAAAGCAAUUCCCACCCAAACCUUACAAUCGUAGAUGUCAAGGCUAAUAGAGAUAUUAUAAAAGAUGACAUGAUAAGUUUGGACAUGAUAAUGAAUAAAAAAGUCGAUCUACAAAAUGUACAAUUUAUUGUAAAUAUGUUUGUUGAAAUUGGAAAGCAGACAAUAGCAAAUAAAAAUUUUCAAAAUGUCCUGAAAGAUAAAAAUCAAGAAUUUGAUGUAAUUAUAGCAGAAUGGAUGUUCACAGAAAUAUACGCUGGAUUAAUGCCUGUUUUUGACUGUCCUUUGAUAUGGCUAUCCACUAUUGAACCUCAUUGGAUGGUAUUACAACUUAUCGACGAAAUUCCAAACCCUGCGUACACCCCCGACAGCCAUACAGUUUAUGCACCACCUUUCACAUUUUGGCAGCGAGUUGAACUAUUAUUACACUCAAUUCUAGGACGGUAUCUACAAUAUAGAUAUGUAUAUGGAUCGGAACAAAAGACUUAUGAACAAUUCAUUGUACCUCAUAUAAGAGAUAAGAUCAGACCGGUACCAUCAUUAGAUGUUCUAAGGUAUAAUGCGUCCCUUAUGUUUGGAAACUCGCAUUAUUCACUGGGACGAGCCACAAGAUUACCUCAAAACUACAUUCCUAUUGGUGGUUAUCACAUUGAUACUGACACGAAACCUUUACCAAAAGAUCUUCAAAUAAUUAUGGAUAACGCCAAAAAUGGGGUUAUUUACUUCAGUAUGGGAUCAAACCUAAAAAGCAAACAUUUCCCCCAAGAAUUAAAAGAAGGACUACUUAAGCUUUUUGGAGAAUUAAAACAGACUGUUAUUUGGAAAUUUGAAGAACAAUUAGAGACUCGUCCAAAGAACGUACAUAUAGUACAAUGGGCUCCUCAACAGAGUAUCUUAGCGCAUCCAAAUUGCGUUCUUUUCAUUACGCAUGGAGGUCUUCUUUCAACAACAGAAGCUAUUCACUUUGGGGUUCCCAUAAUUGGGAUCCCAGUAUUUGCUGAUCAGUUCACGAAUAUUGAGGUAGCUGUUAACAAGGGCUAUGCGAGAAAGACCCCUCUAUCUUAUUCGAUGGUGGAUGAAUUAAGAGAGAGCAUACGUGAUGUAUUAAACAAUCCCAAAUACUCAGCUAAGGCAAAAGAGCUAUCUCGUAUCUACCACUCCCGUGUGGUGCACCCUAGCGUGGAUCUCGUACACUGGACAGAGGAAGUAGUGGUGUCGCAGGGUGCGCUGUAUCUUCGCUCUGCUGCGUUACAAACGCCUCUUUACCAGAAAUUAUACCUGGACUUGGCUGCUUUAGUAAUCAUAAUAAUUUUAGCUUUAAUAUAUAUUACUCGAAAAGUUUUACGGAUAUUUACUAAAAAGGCACAUAAUGACAAGAAAAAAAAUUAAGAUUUUAGCAUAAUAAUAAUGUAUUAUAUGACAAUAGCGUAAUAAUAACAAAUAACAGAGAUAUUUAUGGCGUAGAUUUCUAUUAAUAUUUCAUUGAUAUUUUAGACACUUAUGUGAUCUGUCCUUUGUGUCACAAGAAACAAUUGUUGUUUCAUCUCAGAAAACCCAAAAAAUUCAUGUUAUAUCAACAACGCUUUGUUGUUAUCGCAACGGUUCUGAGAAUCACAUAGCGUGUUUGUUGUCUUAAAAAACCAUUUUUAUACUUAAAUAAUAUCUACCUAAUUGUGUCUUUCAUUAGAAGGCCAAUGUGCUAUCUCAAACAGAAAUAAAGAUAUACGUUUAUA